UACCACGUACAAAGAUGUUGGUCCACAAACAAAAAGUCUAACAUCCGAAUCCUGACACCACUAAGGGAAGUAACAUUUAGAGAGGAGAAUUAACAAGCAGAGAGUAGCGAUUUCAACGAGCGAAAGGAGCGAAGGUCAGCUGAUUACGUCCCAACAUCGCACGCACGGUCUCGUCGAUUGCCUCGUCAUGGCCACAGCCAUGCACGCAGACGCUACGCUGACUCUGGCGCUGGCGCCAAUUGCUGUUCGUAAUUCGUCGUGUCGUGGAGAGUCACCGAUUGCGCGGCUCCGACUUAAUUCCACGACUGCCGUCGUUCGAGCAGCAGCAGCAGCGACGACGAACGAAUCCUUCUCUGUCAAGAUUCAAUCGGAGCAUGGCCGUCGUGGAGAAGGCCUGACGAGGCGGGAGACUAUUCUGGCUGGAGUCGUCACAGCAUGGGCGGGCUCCGCAGUAUCGAGCUUGGCGUUCCCUGCGGGAGUCGGGGCCGCAGAAGUGAAGCAGACAAAUCUUCCCAUCGAAGAGAUAAAGAAAGUUAUCGAAGAUGAUUAUGUGAGUCGCAAUUAUCUGGUGACGGGUAAUAUGACCAAAAGUGUCUACAAAGACGACUGCAGAUUCCACGAUCCCACCACAGAUGUUACCGGCCUGCAAAAGUACAGCGAUGCACUCAAAGUCUUGUUCGAUCCUUCAUCGAAGUCUGAGCUCCUCAGGAUCGAAGUCAGUGGACCUCGCACUGUUGAUGUCAAGUGGAGGCUCAGUGGGUUUCUGAAUUUCCCAUGGCACCCUUACAUCAAACCUUAUACAGGAAGCUCGCGUUACACAGUUGACGAAGACGGCUUGAUAGAAUCAUACAGCGAAGAGUGGGACAUCUCUGUGCUCGAAGCAUUCGCCCAGUUUUUGACACCUUCUUGGGCGUCCAAGGAUGCUCCCAAGUAGCUCAUCGAUCAAACAUUCUCACCCCACGAGAAUAAGCAUCCCCUUGUACAUUUUGACAUAAAUAAAUCCAGAGCCUGAGCAGUCAGACUUUCACCAC